AUGAAUGCGAGUAUCAACCUUAGGCUCAAAGUCCAAGACACAAGAAUGGCACGCAAUCUUGAAGAGCAGGACCAAAACAUGAACUACUUGCCCCUCGAAGAAUCCAAGUGGAUAGAAUCCUCAAUUAAUCCGCAGCACAUGGUUAAUGAUUUUGGGCCUUCGUGGGAUUCGAUACGGUCACAGCAUGAUGAUAUGCCCGAGGAUUGUCAGGAACAAAAUGCACAGCUGGUCAUGCUCAAGGAGUUUCGGGAACAAAAUGCACGGCUGAGGCACGCGAUGAAAGAACAGGAAAAGGUCAUCCUCCACCUUACAAAACACCACGAAGAUGUCGCGGGCCAGCUUGAGCAAGACACGGCAAGAAUGAUAUGCAAGCUCAAGGACCAGGCAAAGAAAAUUGCCGACCUUGAAUCUGAAAAAGGAUGGCUAGUUCGUGAUCUUAGAGAACAGACCAGAAUAGCGUCUACGCUGGAAAAGCGAGACACGAAGAUGAAAAAAGUACUUGGUGACACUGCCAGCAUAAUGUUCUUGGAGCUCGAGUAUCAAGAAGAAUUGAUCAACGAGAUGCCACCGAACGAUUGGGAGUAUUUUCAACCAACCCACGAGGCACUAAUGGAUCUGGUGGAAAACAUUGAACACUGGACAGCAGAUGACGAGAACUCAGAUAUGAUGUUCAACCUUGAAGAUGAGUCAAAUGUUGAUCAGCUAUAUGCGGAGCUGUUGUCUGGGUUCGAUGAACAAUCGUGCCAGCUCAAAAUACAGGCAAUCAAGCUCGACAGACAGAAAAGCAUUAUUGACGAACAAACGAGCAUUAUCUCCGAACUUGGGGCGCAAAAACAAAAAAUGGCUGGCAAUCUCGAGGAAAAAAAUGUAAAGCUGGCUUUGAUCCUUGAAUACUUGCAAGAAACUGGUGAGGACGCACCUCUCAUCUCCUCGGCCGGAUACUGGUAUAUCGACCAGAGCAGCAUGAGUUCAGUGAAGUAA